CCUUUGUGUCCGGGGUUGGCUGGCUGGCGGGCGGGCGAGCGGCUCCCAGGCUUUGGCAAAGGCCUGCCGCUGGAAGUGCCGCACACCGUCCGCUGGGCCCGCUGUGAGGAGGGGACGGGAGCGGCGGCGCCAGCUCCGCCAUGGUGAAGAAGCGGAAAGGCCGGGUCCUGAUUGACUCAGACACCGAGGACAGCGGCAGCGAGGAGAACCUGGACCAGGAGCUCCUGUCAUUGGCCAAGCGGAAACGUGGUGAUUCUGAAGAAAAGGAAGCACCUGCUAGCAAGCCUACAGCAUCUUCUGACUCUGAGACUUCAGACAGUGAUAUUGAGUGGACAGUAGGGGGUUCUAAAAACAAAAAGAAAGGAAAAGCUGCAAAAGCAGAGAAGAAGGGAGCCAUGAAGAAACAGAUGAACAAAGCAGCUUCAUCAGGCAGCUCUGAUAAAGAUACCUCUCCAGAGAGUUCAGCACCAGAAGAAGGAGAAGUAUCUGACUCUGAAAGCAAUGGCUCUUGCAGUAGCUCAGACUCUGAAACUUCAUCUGAAGAUGAGUUUACUGAUGGCUACGGAGAGGAUUUUAUGGGUGAUGAAGAAGAUAGAGCUCGCCUAGAACAGAUGACAGAAAAAGAAAGAGAACAGGAAUUGUUUAAUCGGAUAGAGAAAAGAGAAGUUUUGAAGAAAAGGUUUGAAAUAAAGAAAAAAUUAAAGACAGCAAAAAAGAAAGAAAAGAAAGAAAAGAAGAAAAGGAAAAAGCAGGAAGAAGAACAGGAAAAGAAAAAGCUCACACAGAUCCAGGAAUCCCAGGUAAUGUCACAUAAUAAAGAGAGACGGUCAAAGCGGGAUGAAAAAUUGGAUAAGAAAUCCCAAGCCAUGGAAGAACUAAAAGCAGAAAGGGAGAAAAGGAAGAACAGAACAGCUGAGUUACUUGCAAAGAAGCAACCGUUAAAGACAAGUGAAGUAUACUCAGAUGAUGAAGAAGAGGAGGAAGAUGAUAAAUCUAGUGAGAAAACUGAUAAUUCAUCCAGAUCUUCAUCUUCUGAUGAAGAAGAAGAGAAAGAAGAAAUUCCUCCUAAAUCACAACCAGUGUCUCUACCUGAAGAACUGAAUCGGGUUCGAUUAUCCCGACACAAAUUGGAACGAUGGUGUCACAUGCCUUUCUUUGCCAAAACAGUCACUGGUUGCUUUGUGCGUAUUGGAAUAGGAAACCACAACAGCAAACCAGUUUACAGAGUGGCAGAAAUAACUGGUGUUGUAGAGACAGCUAAAGUAUAUCAGCUUGGAGGUACCAGGACAAACAAAGGGUUGCAGUUAAGGCAUGGUAAUGACCAACGUGUGUUCCGCUUAGAGUUUGUCUCCAAUCAGGAAUUCACAGAGAAUGAGUUCAUGAAGUGGAAGGAAGCUAUGUUUUCUGCUGGGAUGCAGUUACCCACCCUUGAUGAAAUAAACAAGAAAGAAGUAUCCAUCAAAGAAGCCCUCAACUAUAAAUUCAAUGACCAGGACAUUGAGGAGGUAAAUGAAGAAAAUGUACUUUUGAGCUGGAACCAUUCAUUUGGUCCAUAAUGUAAAGGUAGGUGAGGUUAUAAAAGAGACAUUCUCGGGUGCCAUAUUUUGGUUCUAUAAAAAUAAUGUGGUCUUGACAGCCAUAUUUAUAUGUGAUGAAAGA